AUGUUGCAAUCCCAUGAAUCAUUCAGUAAUCUCUUGGCCAGGUUUUCACAAACAAACAAUCUUAGAUCUAUCAAGCAAAUUAAUGCUCACUUACUUAGAACAGGCGUAAUCUUCAUGUCUUACACCCUUCAAACUGAUCUCGUAUACGCAUACACGAAAUGUUCUCAAGAAAACAACAUUCAAACCCUAACCAAAUUCUUCAAUUGCUCCAUUCUCACGCACCCAGUGCCCUUUAAUUCACUUCUUUCUGGUUUUGUUAAAAAUGGGAAUCCUUUGGUAGCUUUAAAAACUUUAUCUUUGAUGAAUGUUAAUGGCGUUCCAAUAGAUACUUACGCUUUGUGUAGCUCGUUGACAGCUUGUUGUUUGAUUCCAAGUGUUGGGUUCGGGAAACAGAUUCAUACCCAUGUGGUGAAAUCUGGUUGGGGUUCUAGUGUGUUUAUCGGCAGUGCUUUGGUUGAUUUUUACUCGAAAUCAGUGGCAGUUGUUGAUGCAGCAAAGGUGUUCGAUGAAAUUCCUCUGAAGAACACGGUUUGCGCAAAUGCACUUCUAUCGGCUUAUUCCGAUGCCAAGAUGUGGGCGAAUGGUCUUGAAUUGUUUCGAAUCAUGCCCGGCUUCAAUUUGUGUUACGAUAAUUGGACAUUUUCGGUAGCUUUGAGUAUUUGUGCUGGGCUGUAUGCAAUUGAAUUGGGUAGUCAAGUACACGCAAAAGUGAUAAGAACCAUUUGCGAUGCAGGAACUGAUGUGUUUCUCUUAAGUUCGUUGAUCGAUCUGUAUGGAAAAUGCGGGCUGGUAACCAAAGCUCGGCAAGUAUUUAGUAUGGCCGCCUUUGCUGAUGUAGUUUUGUGGACAUCGAUGCUUGGCGUCUAUGGUCGAAACGGGCAUCACAAAGACGUAAUUCGAUUGUUUAAAAAGAUGUUAACAAAGAAAGUUAGACCAGAUGGGGUGGCAUUCGUUUCCGUCAUCUCGGCUUGUGGCCACACGGGCCAGGUUGAUCUUGGCACCGAGUACUUUGAGUCCAUGGCUCGUGAUUUUGGACUAAACCCGAGUCCUGAGCAUUAUGGGUGCCUCGUGGAUUUGUUUUGUAGGGCAGGCGAGUUAGAAAACGCAUGGAAGGUGGUCGACAAAAUGCCGAAUAAAGCGAGUGCAGGCAUUUCGGUCUGGGGAGCGUUGCUGAGCGCGUGUUGUGAUCAAGGGCAUGUUGAUUUGGGUAAGUUUGCGGCUCGAAGGGCGCUUGAAUUGGAUCCUAUGAAUACGGGGGUUUAUGUUUUACUGUCGAAUAUGUAUGCCAAAUGUGGUCUAUGGGAUGAAAUCGGAGAUUUAAGGGAAUCGAUGCGUGAUAAAGGAUUAAAGAAAGAUAUCGGUCGUAGUUGGAUUGGGGUGACGGUGUGAUUUUCGGCUAGUUUUGUCAAGGGACCUUUCACUAGUUUUACGCAAUUAUCUUAUCGUAACGUUACACCUUUCGAAUUAAAACAUCACUGUAAGA